GAUGACCUUGUCCGUUUUGGCGGCCGAAAAGGUUUGUUUUCCUUCUUUGAUCGACUCCGCGUAAUUAGGGAUUAUUUAUGAACCGUUUGUUGAAUAGUCACAGAGGAAAAAAUAUUCCGUCCGGGAAAUAAUUAUGAGCGUCAAAACAGAUGUUACAAUGGAAGAAAAAAGAAGAUUGCUGAUUGCAGAAAUGGCACCCUACACUGCCGAAAUAUUAAAUCCCUUCUCAUUGCAACAGAAACUUUCGUACAACCAAAUGUUUAAAGUGUGUUUCUUGUCGCUGACACUGUUGCCAAUUCGACUGUUGCUCAUGGCUGUUGUAUUAGCCGCUGCAUGGUUGACUGGUCUUUGCACCCUUCAUGGCUUGACAGAAAAUCAAAAAAUUGGCCUAGACCCUAUAAGUGGAUGGAGACGGUGANGGGCUAAACCUUUCAUCGUUGGUCUCGCACGCUUCAUGUUCGUGAUUGGUGGCUGGUACUGGAUACCACAUAAAGGUCAGAGGGCAUCAAGGGAAGAAGCUCCCAUCCUCUUAGUCAUGCCUCAUUCCUCCUUCCUGGACACGGUGGUCGUCAUUGCGCUUGGAUGUCCUAGUAUGGUUGCCACAGACGCCACUGAAAAUGCCCCUUUUUUUGGAACACUAGUGAACUACAUGCAGCCAUUGUACAUAAAAAGCAACAAUCCCGAUUCUAGACGGCAGAUUUCCAGAGACAUUCUCUCUCGUGUCACAUCCAAGAAGGAUUUUGAACAACUUCUCAUUUUCCCAGAAGGUGGUUGCGGAAACAGAAGAGCUCUGCUGCAGUUUAAACUAGGUGGUUUUUCACCUGGAGUGCCAGUUCAACCUGUAUUCAUACGUUACAGAAACUCCACAGACACAAUAACUUGGAGUUGGGAUGGUCCAAGCGGGUGGAAGCAGCUGUGGUUGACGUUGUCUCAAAUCUACAUUCAUUGCGAACUGGAAUUUCUUCCUGUCUACAGACCUUCGGAAACGGAACGAGCAAAUCCACGUUUAUUUGCCGACAAUGUACAAAGCUACGUAUCAAGGAUGACAGGUACUCCAAUUACGAAAUUCUGUUUAGAAGAUGCAAGAUAUUUGAAUAUCGCAAAAAAUAUGCAACUUCCGCAAACUGCUGCUAUGGCGAAAUUUUUGAGACUGCAGAAAACUGUAGGCUACUUUGAUCCAAAGGAGGAGAAGUUAUCAGGCAAAAUAUCAACAAUUGGAGAUGCCAAUGCAUUCUCUGUAUAUUUAGGUUUGGAACGCUGCCCCGAAGUUGUGAGAGACUUUAGCCGUUUAAUAGAUCAACGACACACAGGUGUCAUAGAUUUCAGAGUCUAUGUAGCUACACUCUGUCUUUUAAGGGACGACUUGACGACAGAAGGAAAAUUGCAAGCCGCUCACCAGAUACUUGGUUCAAAGCCAGAUGAGCAUUUGGCAACUUUACUUCUCAUAUGGAAGGGAAUACCUGCUUCUGUUUGCUGGACGACGGCACAUUCCAUUUUUGAUCAUAAAAAUGAAAAAGAGGAUAAAGAGUGGAACUGAUAGAACAUCAACACAUAUGUAUAUAUUAUGUCUUUUUUUUAUGUGUGUAUUUUGUGAUACGUUAUUUUUUUAAUAAAUAGAAGGG